AUGGCUUCUCUUGAGCUCGACUCUACUCUAGUCCUCCUCAGUCUCGUUUUCGUGGUUUCUUGCGUCGCCAUCGUUGUUCGAGGCUUCGGACCAGGCCGCAAGGAGAGCGUCCAUGCGCUACCACCUUCGCCUCCGGCACUGCCCAUCAUCGGGAACCUGCACAAGCUCGGCGGCAUCCACUUCCACCGUACAUUGCAGGCCCUGGCACGGCGCCACGGCCCGCUCUUCCUCCUCCGUGUUGGCUCCGUGCCCCUCGUCGUCGUCUCCUCGGCCUCCAUGGCAGAGGUCGUUCUCAAGACGCAGGACCACAUCUUCUGCAACCGCCCGCAACAGUACACGGCCCGUGGCUUGCUCUAUGGAUGCCGAGAUAUCGCCUUCAGCCCCUAUGGAGAGCAAUGGCGUCAGAUCCGCCGCGUCGCCGUCGUGCACCUCCUCAGCUUGAAGCGAGUCGAUUCCUUCCGCGCACUACGGGUGGAGGAGGUCUCGAGAUUCGUGCAACGGAUCCGUGCCGCCAGUGGCGUGGGGGAGGACAGAGAUGGGGUCAACGUGAGCGAGCUCAUCAUCGGCCUAACCAACAAUGUAAUCUCGAAAGCAGCGUUCGGGAACAAACUCGGCGGCGUGGAGCCAGCAAUGGUUCGCGGCCUGAUGAAGGAGCUCACUGAUGUGCUCAGUACGUUCGCCGUGAGCGACGUGUUCCCGGGACUAGGGUGGUUGGACUGGGCGAGAGGGCUGGACGCAAGGGUGAAGAGGACGGCGGCUAAGCUCGACAUGGUUGUCGAGAGGACGAUCGCGGAGCACGAGGAAAACCGAGUAAACGACUCUGAAGCUCGAGACCUCCUGGACGAUUUGCUCUCUAUCUACAAAGAUGGUGAUCUCGGGUUUAAGCUGGACCGCACUGAUGUCAAGGCACUCAUUUUGGAUAUGUUCGUAGCAGGCACCGACACGAUCUACAAGACAAUAGAGUGGACAAUGGCCGAGCUUAUUAAGAAUCCAAGAGAAUUGGAAAAGGUGCAAUCCGAAGUGAGAUCACAGGUUGCUGGCAGUGCACAAGCAAGAAUAGUCCUUGAGGAGGAACUGGAGAAGAUGAGCCUCCUACGGGCAGCCAUUAAAGAAGCAUUACGGCUGCAUCCAGCCUUGCCGCUGCUUGUUCCACGUGAAACAAUAGAGGACACCCGUGUAGACGGCUAUGAUAUCCCGGCCAAGACCCAGGUCAUGGUCAACACGUGGGCAAUGGGGAGGGAUAGUGAGUCAUGGGAGAAUGCCGAGGAGUUCCUGCCGGAGAGGUUCUUAGGACAGGCCAUCGGGUACAGCGGCAAGGAUACUCGGUUCAUACCCUUCGGUGCAGGGAGGAGAGCGUGUCCUGGUCUCGCGUUUGCCACGCGCCUCGUGGAGCUCACCCUGGCCAACAUGAUUUACCAUUUCGACUGGCAGCUCCCAAACGGCCAGGAUCUUGAGUCUUUUGAGCUUACAGAGUCUACUGGAGUGUCGCCUGGUCUUAAGUCUACCUUGAUCCUCGCCGUAAAACCUUUGUAA